UCAGUCCCAACGAACACUCUCCAUUGCGAACAUGAUCGCUCAGUCGACACUGGUGCUGGCUCUAGCGGCCGUAGCUUUUGCUGGCUACGUUGGACACGGCCAUCAUGGUGGUACCAGUAGGACCUACAGGAAGCAAAAUGAUCACGGCCACUACAGCUUCGGCUACGACAUCGCCAAUGGUUACGGUGCAGUCAACGGUCGCCACGAGACUGGCUCCGCGUACGGCCCCGUGCAUGGUUCCUACUACCUGGGCGACAUUGACGGCCGCCACCGGCAGGUGCACUACGUGGCCGACAAGCUCGGCUUCCGCGCCGUCGUCAAGACCAACGAGCCCGGCACCAAGAGCAGCUUGCCCGCGGCCGCCCCUUACCACUCGGCGCACGGCAAGACGGUGCCCGCCUAUGGACACGGCGGUUACGGAGGAUACGGUGGAUAUGGCCAUGGAUACGGAGGCUACGGACACGGCGGAUAUGGUGGUUACGGAGGCUAUGGUGGCUACGGCUUCUACGGAUAGAUCAUUAUCGUCGCUUCAAUAUUUCAAUGUCUCCAAGUUGCAGUGAGCUGUCCCGUCCGCUUUCCAUGUCACUUACUUCCGUGUUUACAUCCUCCUCCCCUUUUCUCUUCUCAAGUUGCUCUUCGACAAAGCAAUGACGUGUAAUCUGCAAGGUGGAGAAGACUGCCAGUGCUCGCCCAUGUCGUAAUGUAAACGGACCUUAGAAACGCCUUCUCCUGUUCGCUGCUGUUACCCACUUUGUGUUCCUUGUGAUAUCGAGUAUUUGUAUUGUUCCCUCCUUGUGCUUGAUGUGUGAAAUGUGUAAAUACAUGUACCAUAUGCUCACACGUG